AUGGCUUGCAGCCCUUCCGAUGAAGCAAAGUUCAUCAAGAAGCAGGAACUUCUUCGAGAUCACUGCUCCGCCGCCCUCGCUUCUCACAUGAAGACAAACCCUGAUGUUGUGUGGACAAAGGAAAAUAGCGACAACGCCAUGAUGCGCCCAGAAGAAGCCGCUCAGUUCAAACUGGUCCUCGAUGUUCAAUUCGACGAAGAAACCGGCCAACCAAUCUUCCCUCCGCCAUACACCAGACUGUCCGAUGAACUAGUGUACUUGAUGACCAAGUUCAUGGCCUCCCAGGAACGGGGACGACGAUAUCCGUAUGACUUCGAUAGCAUUGGCAAUAUCAGGCCUGAACGAGUGUCUUCGGGACCUGCUCCGAUCAUCUGGGCACAUGGGAUUCCCUUUUUCCCAGUUUACAAAGGGUACUACAUUCUUUGUGGACGGGAAAAUGUCAAAUGCAUUGGCUGGUUGCUCCAUGAGAAGACACGAGAAAUCAUGGCGGCGAACCCGAUCUGGUCUGUUGGGGCUGUGAUCGCACCUGACUCCGCCGUGAAUCUUCCACAUACUAUCACUCGUCAGUUGACACAGCACAAGCCUCAUGGUGCCGAGAAAGAUGCGAAUUACAAGGGCAAAGCAUGGGCUCGCGAUGUCGUGGCUGAUGAGCAUCAUCUCUGUGCUGUUGUUCCGAACCCGGAUACUAAUGAGAUUGAGGUCUGUCCGCUGUACAAAGCAUGGGGUUACAACGUCCGUUGUGGGCCUACGGAGGGUGGGGUGAACCCAACUAUCAUGCCGAAGGAGUUCUUCGUCAGCCAUGGUGUUGAAGACAUCGACUAUGCCUCUCUCGAUAGACCGUAUGCCAACGAGAUGAUGGACGAGGAUGAAGAGUCAGAUGACGAAACAGCAAAUGUUGUCGAAGAUGACAUGGAAGAUAUUCCGAAAGAGACCGCGAAAGACAUCACAAUAGAGGUCACCGAAAAUGUCACGGGAAACCGUACCCAGGAUGCCAUGAAACAGGUCACCGAACAGGUCGCCAAUGAGCUUGAAAUCGUCGCCUCGGAUCUUGAGGAGAAACAAUCUAUUCUUCCUGGCAGCAUUGUGAACACUGAGCUCGAUUUGAACAUGGAUGUCGUGGAUCCAACUAAGGAUUCCAUGGGCAAGCCCGACCCCGAGCAGACCAGCACUUCUACUAUCCCAUUUCCGGAGACCGCGAUCCAAGUUCUGACAAACCUGCAAACUACCGAGAUGGAACUGUUGGCUAUGCAGCCUGAAAUCGAACAGGCAGCGACUAGUUCAUCUGCUGAGAACACUCAGACCGUUGAUCCGCCCAACAUGGAGCGAAUCAUACCCAUUACUGAGCGGUUGGAACAUUCAACUGCUUGUGCUUCGUCUGACAAGCCAAACAAUGGCGAAGCUCCGGCGUCUCAAUCGAUUACUGGAAGAACCGUCGUUGGCAAGGAAACUGACAAUGACAAUAGUCAGCCACCAGCGGAAGUUCCUGUGUAA